CUCUCUCUCUCUCUCUCUCUUUCUCUCUCUCUGCUGUGCAUUUGUUCCCUGCUUCCACACCGACCGACCGACCCACCGACCUGCAGCCCUCCGUUAAAGUUAACGGCCACUUCGCUUCGCAUCCGAAAGGCAGCGUUUUGACUUUUUUUUUGGCUGCAGAGCUUUUGCACCGCGACGACUGGCUCGACAACGGAGGCUGGCCACAGAAAGGCAGGCAGUUAGUGCAGAAGCAGGCACCAUGUCCACCCCCACAAACCCAGAGGUGAAGGAACUGAGCCCUGUCGACUUUAUCCAGCUACAGCAGUACAUUGAAUACUGCAGCUUGAAGGUGAAAGACGUGCUGAGGGAAUUUGAUGCAGAUGGCAGUCUGGCCCGGCACAGACAUGGAGAGUGCAUCAAUGAAGAAGGCUUUCGUCUGUUCCUGAAGACUUAUUUAGAAGUGGAAGACUUCCCGGUGGAUCUCUGCCAGCGACUCUUCCGCUCCUUCCAAAACUCUGAACCCACCCGGGAAAACAGUGCCAAGGAGGUCUUUCUGAAGGAUGUUUCAUGUUACUUCUCUCUGCUGGAAGAUGGCCAGCCCAGGGACAAGCUGGAGUUUGCUUUCAAGCUCUAUGACAGAGACGGCAACGGAGUCCUCGACAGCUCUGAGGUGGAUAGGAUUAUUGCUCAGAUGAUGCAUGCUGCAGAAUACCUUGGAUGGGAUGUGUCAGAGCUCAGGCCGGUGCUCAAGGACAUGAUGACAGCAAUUGAUGCCGACAGCAGCGGCACAGUGUCUCUGGAGGAGUGGGUGGAGGGAGGCAUGAACAACGUUCCCUUGCUGGUCUUGCUGGGUCUGAAGAUGACCCAGAAGGACGGUCAGCACCUUUGGAGGAUGAAACAUUUCAACAAGCCUGUUUACUGCAAUGUGUGCCAUAGCAUGCUGCUGGGCCUGAGGAAGCAAGGACUGUGCUGCACCUGCUGCAAAUACACAGUCCACGGACGCUGUGCUAACAGGAACCCGGCUCCCUGCACCAGGACGUACGUGAAGUCAAAGAAAGAAACAGGGGUUCCAGCACACGACUGGGUGAGUGGGAACUGUGACUCGAGGAAGUGUGAUAAAUGCCAGAAGAAGAUCAAGAGCCUCCAAGGCUUAACGGGGAAACACUGUGUGUGGUGCCACACAAUGCGUCAUGAUGAUUGUGCAGACCAAGAGCCAACAGAUUGUACCUGUGGGCAGCUCAGAGACCAUAUCCUGCCUCCAUGGGCAAUAUAUCCUGUUAUAAAGGAGAGACCAAACAAUGUAAAGAAUGGCUGCUCAGGCUCAGCAGAAGACAGCGAGCUUAAUACAACUCCUGAUGGACAAGUGCUUCAGAUCAGCGCUGUGCCAAACACCCAUCCUCUUCUAGUGUUUGUCAACCCUAAAAGUGGAGGCAAGCAGGGGGAAAGAGUCCUGCAUAAAUUUCAGUAUUUACUGAAUCCACGGCAGGUAUACAACCUUUCCAGUGGCGGACCUGGACCAGGAUUGAGUUUCUUCAGAAAUCUACAGGAUUACAGGAUCCUGGUGUGCGGGGGAGACGGAACAGUUGGCUGGAUUCUUGACGCAAUAGAUAAAGCCAAUCUGCUAGUACGGCCACCUGUCGCUGUGCUUCCUUUGGGCACAGGAAAUGACCUUGCGCGAUGUCUCAGAUGGGGAGGAGGAUAUGAUGGUGAGGAUCUGAGUCGUAUUCUUAAGGACAUCGAGGGGAGCGCUCAGGUGCUGAUGGACCGCUGGAGCGUGCAGGUCAUCACAGACGAGAAUCAGGAGAAGGGCGACCCGGUGCCAUAUGAAAUCAUCAACAACUACUUCUCUAUUGGCGUUGAUGCCUCCAUUGCCCACCGGUUUCACACAAUGAGGGAGAAACAUCCCCAGAAAUUUAACAGCAGAAUGAAGAACAAGCUGUGGUAUUUUGAAUUUGCCACUUCAGAAACCAUCUCUGCUUCCUGCAAAAAACUGAGCGAAAGUCUAACAAUCGAGUGCUGUGGUACUCCACUGGAUCUCAGCGGCGUGUCUCUAGAAGGGGUUGCUGUCCUGAACAUUCCCAGCAUGCACGGUGGCUCCAACCUAUGGGGUGAGACCAAAAAAGGGGACACUAAGGGACAGGCAAGUCAGGAAGAGCCUGAGGUGAUCAUCGACCCAGAAAUCCUGAAAGUGACCUCCCAAGAUCUCAGUGACCGUCGACUAGAGGUGGUCGGCCUCGAAGGAGCCAUGGAGAUGGGGCAGAUAUACACAGGCCUCAAGAGCGCUGUGAGGCUCGCCAAAACGUCACAGAUCACCAUCAGGACGAAGAAAGCAUUACCGAUGCAGAUAGAUGGAGAGCCGUGGAUGCAGCCUCCCUGCACGAUUCACAUCACACACAAGAAUCAAGCCAGUAUGUUGAUGGCUCCACAGGGCAAAUCAUCUGGUUUUUUCAACUACAAGUAAAACCGAUUACUACAUGCCGAUUGUAUAUAGAGGACUGACACUUUUCUGCAUGUCUGUAACACAUAAGCAUAGAACUGUAUGAAUACAAACUAUAUGGUGAGAUAUGUUUGCAUCGUGGCAAAAUGAUUUUGACCAAAUGUACUUAUCAAUACUCGACACUCUCGCUGCCUCCGUCUCAGUGCUUCACAGUUAGUGGAAAUGUUGCUCUGUAGGAACUUAAAGUAAGGUUAAAGUAAAGUGAAUAGCAUGCUAAAAGAAGAAUAUUCAGCUUCAUGUGCCUUUUAAAAAUCUGUUCUCUAUGGUUAUGGCUUAGGAUGAAGACAUACAGAGCAUCGUGUAGGCAUGCACUCUGGACAUAAACCACGUAGUAUUGCUGUUUAGUUUGUGGCUGUAAAGAUGCCGUGAAAGCCAGACAUAUAUAUUCUUGUCAAAUUGGAACCAAAAGAGAAGGAUAGACGAGAUUACGUUUCAGAUUGUGGCUGACAUUAUUUUCCUCCUUUUUAAUUUUUUUUUUCCAUAAAUUUUAGGAGAUACUUGAAUUGUUUAGGGGAACAGUAAAAGGACAAUCAUUGCCAAAAGGGGCUGCACGUUGAUCCACUGCAGCAGUCAGCCUACUCUGCUGUUCCUUUGUGUGUGUGUGUGUGUGUGUGUGUGUGUGUGCAUAUGCGUGCGACUGUGCGUGUGUGAAGGCAGAAAGUGUUUUGUAGUACAUGUUUAGCGCAGAAAGAUGUUCACUUCUAACUUGUACAUUUCUGGAGGAGUCGGAUUUGAAAUGGUUGGUUCAGACCGGUUUUAAAUGUAUGUAGUUCUUAUUUAAAUGCUUUAUCAGUCAUAUCAUUUCAAUGUAUCUGGAAGAUGUUAAUGUAAUAUGCCUGAAAUAAUACACUGUGUAAAGAUUUUAAUAAAUCAUCUGGACUUCAA